GUGGUACCCAGGCAGAAUUCUGCCUUCAGUCUCUCUCUCGCUCCGCUCCCGGCCGUGAGGCGCUCGCCGCUGCUCGCUCGCUCCUCCACCCCAGCCCCGAGCCUCGCCGAGCCGACAGUGCCCGCCGCCGCCGCCGCUGGGCGCACCCGGGGGACGCCCGGGCCCACGCGGGGCUUUGGGGUGCGCGUCUAUUCGAGUUGUGGUGGUGGCAAAGGAGGAAGAGAGAAAGGAGGCAAUUUAAAAAAAAAGGCAGCGGACGGGCGAACUGAGCGAGCGAAAGAAGAGGAGGAGGAGGCAGAAAAAGGCAACUUCAGACGGAAAGUUGGUGCGAACUGGCGCAGUCUGCAAAAACGGAAAAGUCGAUCGCAGGCGGCGGCGGCAUAAAAGUGUGAGCGGCCCGGGCGAGCGCAGGAGGCGGCGGCUGGCUCUGCCCUCCCGGUGGCCGCGCCGGAGCCCGCUGCAGCCACAGGUGCGAAGGAGCUCGCGGGAGGCGAGGGCGCCCCGCGCACCCCUCCCCCGACCCCCACCCCAGGCUCGGGACUUCGGCUCAAGUCACUGGGCGCCCGCGCUCCCUCCCCAGCCGCAGCCUCCGCGGGGGGAGCAGGAGUCGGCAGCAGCGGCCGGCGCGCGCCCGCCCAGGGGAGUUGGGGUUCGCAGGGGGUUGUUUUCGGCUCUGAAGAGGUCCCCGCCCAACCUUCAAAAUUCUGUCCAAAAGCAGACAAGAGGAUCGCCCCGCGCUGAGCCGGCUGGUGGGCAGCAGGAGGCGCCUGAUCGCCGCCGGGGCGCUGGGGGUGGUGAUGGUGCUGCUGCUGGUGAUCCUCAUCCCGGUGCUGGUGAGCUCGGCCGGCACGUCGGCGCACUACGAGAUGCUGGGCACCUGCCGCAUGGUCUGCGACCCCUACGGGGGCACCAAGGCGCCCAGCACCGCUGCCACGCCCGACCGCGGGCUCAUGCAGUCCCUGCCCACCUUCAUCCAGGGCCCCAAAGGCGAGGCCGGCCGACCCGGGAAGGCUGGUCCGCGCGGGCCCCCCGGAGAGCCCGGGCCGCCGGGCCCCAUGGGGCCCCCGGGCGAGAAGGGCGAGCCGGGCCGCCAAGGCCUGCCGGGCCCGCCCGGGGCGCCCGGCCUGAACGCGGCCGGGGCCAUCAGCGCCGCCACCUACAGCACGGUGCCCAAGAUCGCCUUCUACGCCGGCCUCAAGCGGCAGCACGAAGGCUACGAGGUGCUCAAGUUCGACGACGUGGUCACCAACCUCGGAAACCACUACGACCCCACCACCGGCAAGUUCACCUGCUCCAUCCCGGGCAUCUACUUCUUCACCUACCACGUCCUGAUGCGCGGAGGGGACGGCACCAGCAUGUGGGCUGAUCUCUGCAAAAACAACCAGGUGCGUGCUAGUGCAAUUGCCCAGGAUGCUGAUCAGAAUUACGACUAUGCCAGUAACAGUGUGGUUCUUCAUUUGGAGCCGGGAGACGAAGUCUAUAUCAAAUUAGAUGGCGGGAAAGCCCAUGGAGGGAACAACAACAAAUACAGCACGUUUUCUGGAUUUAUUAUUUACGCUGACUGAUAAUGCAGAGACUAAGCUUAUCAUUCUGAGUUUGAACACUGGAUGCGUAUGGCUAACGUCAGUGAAUCAAGGAUCCCAGGGGAUGCCAAUGGCAGGGCACCUCGGUUGUGUAUAUGUGGGGAAAUCAAAUGCUACCUGACUCACAUCUGUAUCUCUCAGAAACAUUAUGUAAAAAAUAUCAAAGCAAGAUAAGCAGAUGUGUGAUCCACUACCGCCAAAGCAAAUACUCCUUAUCGUUAGUGUCCAUGUGAAUGAAGUCCUAUAUAGAUCACAAAUUUUUAUAGACAAAUCUAAGACAUUGAAUUAUUUCUUCAAUAUAUAUGAUACUUUGGUGUACUGUGAUCUUGCUGCUUUUAUCCAUAUGUCGGCUUUGGUUCUUGUGAGUUUACCUGCUUAUUAUGAUACUUGGAGUCCAUUCAUAGCGUGGGGAAGAAUGAUUUUUACUCUGCAGGAGAAGGUCUAAUUGAAAUAAUGCUGCUUGUCCCCAAAGAAAUUGUUUGCCUUGUACUCUUGUUAACUUUAGAGCUAGACCUGGGAAUGAUUCUACUUCAAGCCUUAACCUGGAAUUUUCUGGAUUUGAGGGAAUUCCCAAGCCUAUGAUCAUUUUCACAUUUUCUUUUUCUUAUAUGAAUUUUCUUUUCUCUCUUUUCUGGUGAUAGUCUUUAAAAAUAGAGAUUGACAGUGUAUCAUAGGAUUACCCUCUAAGUGUGAAAAUGUGUAAUUAUGUACGGUAUUUAGAAAAAGCCCUUAUGUGUCCAUUUUGUCAACUGAAUACAUUUAGA